UCCGAACACACCAUGAUACAGCAAGAUCACAGGCUUCCCUUCAUCAAAGGGCAUCGAUAAUUCAUCAUAUACGAGGCCAUGAGUGAACCACAAAGAACAGGGAGUCAAGGGCACUCCAGAAAUAAAUCCAUCACCAAGACCCGGCCGAGAUCCUCUACGAAAGGACCUCUCGAUCUUGAUGAUGACCCGUUAUUGUCACCUCAACAAGCGACGACCCCUCAGCGAGUGAUUACGCAUCGUAAUAGGAUAUCAUCACCACAUCCGCGCUCAUCUACAGGGACUCCAGUCUCGCAACUGGGAGAGGCCAGACCCAAAGAAUUUUCAUUCCUUCUUAGGCCAGAGAUCUAUCACCCUCUGACGCCUCUCAACGUCCCUGUCGCAUUUCGUAACCCGCAGAAGCAGCCCGAUCCUGAGGCUCCCAUUGAGGAGCUCCUUGCCAGCGGUCACUUCAGAGCAGCGGCUAUAGCUGCUGUUCAAGAACUCACAGGCUCUGGAGCUAGUGGGGGAAUCAACCCCACGGAUUCCAAGAGGAUAUUUGAGCUUCUUUACACUCGACUGGCAUGCCUUACUCUGAUUGAUGCGACUCCCUUGGCUGCCCAGGAGGUCAAAGCCUUGGAAGAUCUCAACGACAUCAGGAGGUAUGUAGACGAAACCACUGGAGAGCACCUAGUACCUUGGGAGCUAAGAGUUCUCAAUGUACGUCUUCAGUCGCUUGGCUUCGGCGAUUAUCGCCGAGCUGUCAUGAGCUACCACGACCUGGCUCGCGAAGCUCGUGAUCGUAUCAGCAAGGCAGCAUCCCAGCACGAUAACUCCGCAAGGGAACUUUGGAAAGCCCGUCUUUACGAUCUCGGUAUCCAGGUCGCCGGAGCUCUGAUUGAGCUCGAGGACCUGACAGGUGCAGCGCAUCACCUCAGCACCCUACGGGACCGAGGUGAUGGCAAGAUGAUGCUCACCAAAGCACUUCUGUGGCUUCAUCUAGGAGACGUAGAAAGCGCAAGGUCCUGCGCUCGUCAAGCCAUAGAGAAUGACGAAAACGUCGAGAAACUCAUCCUGGCACUCUGCGACAUGGCCGACGCAGAGUACGAGACAGCCCUUGAAGCGUGGAAGGAACUGCAAGAAAGUCUAGACGACGAGAUGGUCGGCGUUAACACAGCCGUGUGUUUGUUGUAUCUUGGGCGGAUACAGGAGGGACGCGCAACAUUGGAGGGCCUUGUGGAAUCUGGCUUAUCAUCUCAUACGCUGUUAUUCAACCUAUCGACUAUGUACGAGCUGUGUACAGAGAGGCAUAAGAACCUGAAGCUGAAGCUUACGGAGAGGGUCGCUGGCCUGGAAGCUUCGACUGCAGGCUGGGAAAAGACAAACAGCGAUUUCAAGCUAUAGUUGUAUAAUCUGAACAGAUAUAUCAUUUACUGGUACCGAGAUAGACAGGCCCCCGGGAGCAAGAAGCUGAUGAUACUUAAACAGAGUGCAAAACUUGACUGGUUUCAUGGCCUGCAAAGAUGUACCAAACUUGCCUAACUCAUUUCAUCCCUUAGAAUGGGGCCA